GUCAAGAAAGCCCCAAAGCCCCAACGAAGCACAACACACAACGCAGCGUCAAAAAACACGAAAAACGUUCAGAAAAUUGCCGUGCAGCUGAAGCUGAACCAAAAACAAAAAAACAAAAAGAAGAAACAUUUGCACACACAAAUACAUACAGAUAGUCAGACUGCGGGAUAGAGAAGAGAGGGGUGCAGAGCGGAAUAAUAAUUAAAAGUAAAGCGAAUUGGAGCAGCGCAACCGGGGGAGGGGAGAAGCAAGACAAAGGCCGCACAGCGAUAGCAGCAGCAGAAGCAGCAAAAAGCAAAAGAAGCCAGAAUAUCGAAGGGGGAAAAAAGCGCGGAAAAGUGCACUUUACACAAAUUCAUACAUAUACACAUUUUUCCACGAGUGAAAGUUGGGCGCACACCGGCCACGCCCCCCGCCCCGCCUGGAAUGAACCGCUCCAACAGUUUUGUCAGCUCCCUGAAGUGGUGGCCCCUGCAGGGCCACAACAGCCAGGCGACACCAGCAGCGGCAGCUGCAUCAGCGCCACCCACCAGCAACGGUGGCUACUCACAGUCGGCGCCCAGCUCCCCGAUCUCUAACUGGCCACCGGCGCUGCAGCAGCAGCCGAAAGCCGGUGGCGGUGUGGUGAGCGCCACCUUCGGCAGCAGCGUUGCCGUGCAAAAACUGCGCGAAUCCAAGUGGUUCAAGCCCGAGGAGCAGCGCAUCUUCUGCGCCGUCGUCGAGUGUGGCUUCAUUGUAGAGGUGCGCAGCAGCGCGGCUGCAGAGGCAGCGGCUGCGGCGGCCGCUGCCGCAGCGGCCGCAGCUGCCAGCGAUAUCGAUUCCCUGGACAUGGACUGUCCGCCCCUUGGCUUGGGCCUGGCCCCAGGCCUAAUGAUAACCCGCAAUGGCAGCAGCAGCAUCAGUUUCCUGGAGACACAAGACGAAAACGAGACGCCAGUGGCGUCCUGGUACGGCAUAGUCCUAUGCAAAGUGGCCAAAGAUAAUAAACCGAAGCCCGAUUCCAUUGAGAUAUUUUCUGUGAAAAUACGUGAGAAUGGUACCUACAAACUGAUCAAGAUGUCACUGGCCGACAUCUGGAAUCAUGGAUGGGAGUUGAGGAUCAAUAACUUUGCCGACAAGGAGAAGAUGCCCCAUAUCGAGAAGGAUAUACGCAAUCAGAUAUCGCUGGCGCGCAAGGCCAAACAGAGUCUGUGGAACAACAACAAGCAUUUUGUGUACUGGUGCCGGUACGGUAGCCGCCAGCAGGAUGUCCGAAAGCGACAGAUGUCGGAGUGCGUGAAAUGGGGCAGCGUUGGCAUGAAUGCGGGCAUGUUGCUGGUGCUAAAUAAUAGACAGAAAUGCUAUUCCCACUCAAAGUAACCGCCCGUUUGCGCCCCCUCUUCUACUCCACUCAUAAUGAAAACCAAAAACAAAAA